AUGUCCACAAGGAUGUUGGUGUUUUUGUCAGUGGUGAUCAAGCUUUUCCUCCAGCUGGAUGCAUCUGCUUGUCCUGAGAAAUGCGACUGCUCUCUGAAGGACGGAAUUCGUUGCUCUGGUCCCCAUAUAAAAGACCUGGAAUCAUUAAAUCUGCCUUGCAACAUGACAGAAAUUCACAUAACGAACACUCAUGUAACAUCCUUGCAGGAUACUUUUUCCAGGAUGCUGCAGCUACAGAAUCUCAUCUUAACUUCCAACAACAUAUCUGUGAUUUCACCAACGGCUUUUAAAGGCUUGCAUCGGCUAAGAGCCCUCAAGCUGCUGGAUAACACGCUGGCUGAGCUUCCCGAAGAAGUGUUCAGUGACAUGGAAUCCCUCCAGCAAUUGAUCAUUGAAAAUAACAGGUUGAAACGUAUAGAAGAGAAUCUCUUUGACAAACUGGUCAGUUUGCAGGAGCUUUUUUUGAACAAAAACCAGCUAACAGCGCUUCCUGGAGGUGCACUGAAGAAGCUUGCCAGGCUCGAAGUGCUGAACUUGUCGAGGAACAACUUGGCAGCGCUGCCUAGCGCUCUGUUCAGUGCAUUGACCAGACUUCAGAGGCUGAUGCUGUAUUUUAACCAGCUCUCCUCAAUAGAGUCUGGUCUGUUCGAUAGCUUGAAGGAGCUGCUGGAACUUUUCCUGCAUUCAAACAACAUCCAGUCCAUCGCUCCCAGUGCAUUUCACUGUCUUGGUAAACUGCGAGUUCUCACGCUCUCCAGAAACAAGCUUGAGCUUUUGCCUUCUGGCCUUUUCCUGCACUUACCUAACCUGUCUAAACUGACCUUGUACAGGAAUCCCCUGAAGUCACUUCCAGAAGUAUUGUUUGGAGAAAUGAGGAAUCUUGGUAGCCUGUGGCUGUAUCACACACAGCUCUCAACUCUACCAGAUUUUGUGUUCAGUAACUUGACAAAUUUAGAGCUUCUUGUGCUGAGUUUCAACCCAGAACUUAGUGUUCUUCCUAAGAAUGUGUUCAGUGGCCUGAUCGAACUGCAGGGCCUAUCUCUGCAUACAACUAAUAUUUCCAGUCUGCCAGAGGGCAUCUUCCUGGACCUUCAGAAGCUGCAGAAUGUUUCCAUUUUUGAUUCGAGGCUUGAGUUUCUUCCUAGUAACCUCUUUCAUAAUCUCAAGCACCUUCAAAAAGUUUACCUCAAUAGUACUAAGCUGCAGUCUCUUCCUGGAGAUAUUUUUACAGCUUUACCUGAACUGCAAGAAGUCUUCCUUGACAACAACCCUUGGAAAUGUGAUUGCCAAAUUCUUGGCUUCCAGGAAUGGCUUCGAAAGAGCACUGAUAUAGUAAGAAAAGCCCAAUCUCUGAUGUGUGACAGCCCACUAGCACUGAAGAAUAUUUCCCUUAUGGCUCUAGAAGGUCAUCACAUGAAUUGCCUGCCAACCUCAGCUACUAUAUACCAGGCACUUGGGAGCUCAGCUCAUCCCCAAAUUUCAACUUCUCUGGUGACAGAGCAGCCGAAAUCAACUUCGGUGGCCACUAUAACAGCAGUGACCAGCACAGAUGCUAAAGCACCCACAUCGAUGCCUCUUGCAACGCUAGGUUUCACUUAUUCACACGUUCCAGGUGUUGGACAGUCUCAUUCUUCAGAUGUUCCAGCCCAAACCUCUCUGAGAAUCUUUGUAGAAACCAACAGCAUAAGAGGAACAGAUUUAAAUUUAACUACUCCUGCCUGGUGGGAGGAGUUGCCAGCCCGCAUGAGUGCUGAGCCACGUUUUAAUACUAUAGUUCCCUAUUGUCAAUUCUUUUUGUGUCUUCAUAGCUUGAUUUUAGCAGUCCAGAUUGUAACUGUUGUGAUCACUCUGUAUAUGAUGUGUAAAACUAGGCAAUUCUUACACUCCAGGGAGAUUCCUGCUCAGCCUGUUGUUCUGAUAAAAAUUAUUAAGAAACUAUAG